UAUUCACUGAAUAAUGAAACUGAUAUUAUGGCUGAAAUAUUCCAUUCUGGUCCAGUGCAAGCCACAAUGCGUAUUUAUAGAGACUUUUUCGCUUAUUCUGGUGGAAUAUAUCGACAUACAGGUGCUAGUCGCGGUAGCGAAACAGGGUUCCACUCAGUCAAAUUAGUAGGUUGGGGUGAGGAACAUAAUGGUAUUAAAUACUGGAUUGCAGCCAAUUCAUGGGGACCAUGGUGGGGUGAACAUGGAUAUUUCCGCAUAUUACGAGGCGAAAAUGAAUGCGGCAUUGAAGAAUAUGUUUUGGCAGCAUGGCCCAAUGUUUAUAAUUAUUAUAAAUCUAAGUUACCUUAAUCUAAGAGUUUUACCAAACCGAUAGCUCUAAUUGUAGCAACUUCUAUUGAUAUUAAGCCCUUAUAAAAGGAAAAUGCAAAAUCUGAUACUAACGCAAUUUUGUGUUUUAGCUUGCUAAGUCUACUUCUAACUAAUCGCAACUUUAAAUCUCGUAUUAUUUUUUAUUACUGCCUUAAAUUUGUUUGUACUGCCAAAACACUGCGGAAACUUUCAAAAUUAAUAUCUAUUUAUAUGUCUAUAUAG